CACUGAAUUACAUGCAUUUUACAGCAUAGGAAAGUGUAAGAAAUGGGGCUGAUUUUAAAAGGUUUCUGAAGUACUGUAAAAUAAAUUUAAUGGUAACUAAAGUAAGUGAAUCUAGUCUUAAGACAAAUUUGAUACCAAUGAUCUAAAAUGUAAAGACAAUGCUUUGUCAAAGAGAUGUAGAGGCAGUCUCGUUGCCAUUUCUGCUGCUUAUGGCCAUUUUCUGAGGAAAUAGGGGUUUGCAUGUGUCAGAAAAAGUUUUUCUCAAGAUGCUUUAUUUUUACAACGAACGUUCAGCUCUAUUGUCAUGUUUGGGCAGAUAAUACUCAGAAAUAUGACUUUGUGAAUCACAAUAUGAAACAUAAGAAAAUGUCAAACAACAUAAUUAUUAACAUAACAAUUUGUUUUAUAUUUGAUUAACCAAUGAAAAUAGAUUAGUUACAAAGAUCUUUUCAGUGAACUUUGCUGUUUUACUAAAUAUAUUUUUUUUUUAAAUAUUUUAGUGUCAGCACCGCCUGCUUUUGUACAGCUUCAAGAAUUCAGACAGACUCAAACUUGUAUCUGAACAUUUAUUUUUGCCUCAGGGUAAUAGCAGAAAACAGUUAAUAAUUUAUCUGAACUCAGAAAGUGUACAAGCUUGUAAUAUACUUUGACUUUUUUUAACAAUAAAUACAGCUGUGUUAGAAUUUUGCAGUUCUUUACCCAAAUAGUACAAAUGUGCACAACACAGACAUACACGCAUCCUGCUCAUAUCAGAAACUGCAGUCUGUAACUUUUGGCACUCUAAAAACAGAACUGCGUGCAUCUUGCGGAAGAACAUUGUAGCAAGAGCUACUUCUCUCUGUUUAUGUCAAUGGCGAAUCACGCAGAUACUGGGCUAUUCUGUAGUGGUUCCACCAGUACCAGUCUAAAUAGCACGGAUAUAUACACUUAUUAUAGGUGUACCUUAUUUACAUUCAAUAAUCACUCCGCUCUUCUCACAUACCCUGCCACCGAGGGGCCGCAGCCUACAGUUUGGGAAGCACUGGUCAACACACUGAAUUACAUGCAUUUUACAGCAAAGGAAAUGGUGGAACUGAAAUGUUACAAAACCCAUAAACCCAAGACAUAUAAAUUCUGUUCCUUGAUUCUCUUGUAAUCAGAAGAGUGUCUGGUUCCAUUAUGAACACCUCAAGACUUUCUGAGAAAAAUGAAGGCAAGACAGCUUCUGAACGUCCAGUAGACAUCAGUGACUGGAACAGAGACCAUGUGAGACAAUGGAUGCUCGAGAUACAAAUGGAUGAAGGACAUGCAGACAUUUUGUACAAUCAGGGACUGAAUGGGGCUGGUCUUCUCCACUUGAAGGAGGCUAAUCGUUUAAUGCAAAACCUACCAUCAAAUGCAAAAGAACUGAUUUUUCAAAACAUAGACCUUUUGAAAGACAAGACUGAAAAGUUGAAUGACAUGGUGGCUCAGUUGUGUAGCUUAAAGCCUUACCCUUUCAAUAGAUAUGAUGCUUCUUACAGGUACACAGAAAACAGCAUUCUAGAUGUAACUGAAACUGGUCCUAAAGACCUCAUACACCCGUGCCAUGAAUUCAAAGGCUUCACAGACACACCAGGGGAGCACAGAAUGGAGAAAUACACCUUUGAAGUCAUUCGUUUCGCAGCAGCUUGUAUGAAUAGUCGCUCAAAUGGCACCAUUCAUUUCGGAGUGGCAGAUGCCCCACAUGGACGAAUUCUGGGUGUUAGCAUCCCGAAAACAGAUGAUUUCGGUGUACAGCAGAAACAUGCAAUUGAAAGACAUUUCAAAGAAAAGAAUGUUCAAAUAGGAGAAGGAGCCAAGGAUGUUCACAUUGCAGAGAGUGAACAAAAUGUUCAAAUGGCAAAAAGGUGUAUCAAACCCCCUCGAUUUGUUGAAGUUCUCAAAGCUGACAUGACUUUCUCAGGAAAAUAUGUUAUUGAGGUAGACAUUGAGCCAUCCUCCAUUGUCUGUCAAGACUUCUAUUUUAAGACUUUUGAUGUGGUCAUAAAUGAAGAUGCUAAAAAUAAGAAAGGUGGCGAGUCUUUUUUUAUAAGAGACGGCAAUAGCAGCAAGCUGGUGGAGUAUGACAAAUAUAUUGAGAACAAUGCACAGUUGUUCGAGGAGAGGAAGGAUGCGGAAGAAAAGCAUCGCUCUGUUGUCAAAAUCCAUGCACAUGGCUCUGCCUUGAGUGAGAUGAUAACGGGAGGGACACAUUCUAUGAACAGCCCACGUUUUACGUCGUACAUUGUGGUGGCUAACAAGUCUCAUCCUGUUCAGCACGAAAACCUGGAUUUCCUUCUCGGUAUGAAUCUAAUGGCCGUUUUGGAUUUUGAUCCACAAUCUGCUGAGAAUGGCUUGAACAAGCUUCUCAAAGAGAAGAGAAUGUUCAAUGAACAUUUACCCGUUCAGUAUAAAGAUACGGGUGCAGUUGUAGACAUCGCAAGCAGCUUAGAGCUGACUAAAAUCACAAGCUGGGUUUUCUGUAACGGAGGCAUUAAUGGGGAAGCUCCCUCAGACGCGGAUAAAUGGGAAAAAGAGAAAAGUUCCUCUGUGCGUGAUGUAGUUUCUUUCCUGUGCCGAAACAUCCUGCCUCGCAAGAAAAUUCUUGUCAUAUUCUUGUUGUUUAGUCAGGUGAGCGAAGCCAGCGACCCCUUGUUUCAGACCUUCGAAAUGUUUCAGAAGGAGCUUAUGGGACAAAACCAAAUCUUAUGCAUCAGUGACAAUGAAACAUCGUACACCUACUGGAAUGAUCUCAUCAACCAGCAACAUAAAUGUGACAUUUCAAAACGCAUUUAUGAGCUAAGUUUGGCUGAAAUCAAUGGUACCAUCCUCAGUCUGUGGUCAGAUAUGCGCAAACUAAUACGGUUUCAGCCUAGUUGUGGUGGCAGUAAGGUUGCGCUAUUCAAGAAAACCGAGGAAUUCUUACAUAUGCUCAGUAUUCUUUGUGUGAACCAAUGUGAUGGAGGACAUCAUGACAAACAGCUUCACGAGGAGAACUUUGAUAAAGGAGGGAAGGCGUCCUGGUGGAACUUCUACUACUCAGAACAGCCUGGGUCAGCAUCAGUCGUCAAACGUGACAAGUUAGACUACAUUGUAAACACUAUAAUUCCAAACAUGUUGAAUCAGAAGAGAGCUUGUGUGUUUUUCAACAUCUUCCACGCUCAAGGCUGGGGUGGGACUACAUUAGCCAUGCAUGUUCUAUGGACACUCAAGGAGGAAUACCGCUGUGCAGUGCUGAAAGACACAACAGAUGAUUAUACUGCUGCAGCCAAACAGGUAGUGCAGCUACUAACAUACAAGACAAAAGAGCAACCUACACGACUUCCUGUUUUGGUCAUGACUGAUCACUUCCAAGACAUUCUCAAUGUACUAACACUCCAACAACAAAUUGAGGAGGAAUGUUUGGACCAGCACAUAUUUUCAAAAUCUCCACAAGUCAUCAUUGUCAACUGCAUGAGAGUUGAUUCAUGUGAACCAACUGAAGCAACUGCUGAUGCAGUUUACAUUCCACAGUAUUUAUCUGACAAUGAACUAAAGCUAUUUGGGGAAAAGAUGGAGGAGUUUAAGAAGACCAACAGAAACACUGAAACAUUUUACGUGUCCAUGAUUGUGAACAACUUUUCAUCUGACUAUAUUCAGCGUGUUGUGAAAAAUAUCCUGAAGGACUUCAACUUUCAACAUAAGAAUGCUCAACUUUUUGCUGUUCUUGUCCUCUUGCAUAUCUACUCCAAGAACGCUUUGCUGUCAGUCUCUACAUGUGAAGAGUUUCUUGGUCUGCAAACAGAAGCUGAAUUGCUCAGGGUUGAAGAUGCAUUUGAGAAGUUUUCUUCUCUUUUGAAAAGAUGCACAGUUUUUUCCAAAGUGACCUUUGAAGGGAUGCAGGUGAUACACUCAAUAAUAGCUCAACGUUGUUUGGAAGAGCUUUCUGCUUGUCAUGGAGUGACAAAAGCACAAAUUGCUAACCUUCUGCUCACAACUGCCUUAUUUUAUGAGAACACUCUGGAAAAACUAAAAUUCCUGCAGGAUGUUCAAGACAUGUUGCUGAAGAGUUCACCCAAGAAUGAAUUUUCACGUCUUAUCCAAGAUAUAAAGAAGGAGACUCCAGGGAUGGAAGAGACUGUUCUACUCAAUGCAGCAGAGUGCUUCAAGAGUAAAGCCAUGCACAGGCCACAAAUAUAGGCCCUAGCCCAGCCCUGGCCCAAGAUGUUCAGGCCCUAGUCCUUCAGCUUAUCAUAAUUACCCACCAGAGCCUGUUGUUUUUACCCCCUCUCCCAAAAUAGCUUACUACUGUUACAGCUAUUAAAAUAGUUCAGUUUUGUAUGUAAUGUCAAAGUGAUUAUAUUUUGUUUUUUUAUUAAGCUAAUUUAGAAAAAUGUUUGUUGCAUUUUUUUUGGUUCGUUAAAUGCAAGUUGUUUUUUAAAGUAACGGCCAAAGGCCAGCCUAUGUUUAAUAAAUUUAGCCUUCUCAAAUCAUCACGUCUGACCUAAAAUAAAACCUAUAGAUAUAAAACAGUACAAGCAUAUCGUAAUGUUGGUUUAAAUGUUUAACCUAUAUAAAUGUACGCUAUUAGACGCAUAUCUAAUUGUUUGUGUGGAGAGCUAAAUCGCUUUCAGGAUGCGUCGACGCAAUCACUGGCAUUGGAAACAACUUUAAAUAUGCCAUAAUUUUUGUAGGUAAUAGUAAUAUAUCACUUGCAACUGUAAAGGGUCUACUUUUAUUUUUGUGCAUUCACAAUAUCAACAAAAAAUUGUGCUUUUAUGAAAUAAAGGAUACAGGAUGGCUUUCUGGAAUUUUGGCCAGGAGCGCUUAACAACGAUGAACCGAAACUCAGCCAAUACUUGCCUCACAGAUUUGCUAAAUAUAUCUAUAGAAAGCUUUAAAUUGCUACUUUUAUUCAAAUAUAUCUUUAAAUGAUAAUGGUAAUUACUUUUGCUGGGGCUUUGCAGCUUGAUUUAGCUUAUUGUGGGUGUUUUUUGCACUGCACAUGGCCAAUUGACUCACUUUUCACAAAGCAUUGGGAACUUUUAUUAACUCCCUAUACUCCCAAAUUCUCCCUGAUGCUCUGAAUGUUCAACUGUCACCUGUAUGCUAAUUCGUUCGUAUAUCCAUUGCGUAGUUGAUGUAUAAUAUUUAUAAUAUAUUUAAUAUAACAAUAUUUCAUACAGUAGUGUGCCUUGCACAUAUAUGGGACCAACGGGAAAAACGGGACAUCUGGCUACCUUACCCCUACCAUUUUGGGUGCUGAAGCCAUUGUUUCAGAUCGCUAGUACGCCUUUUAUCAGUCUAUCCAUCCACCGGGGCUGCCAAACUGAGAAUAGAUAUGCAAACGGCCCUUAUCAGAUUGCAAUCCAAUGAUAGGGACGCACAUUUUGAAAGACAAUAACCUAUAGGAUGCAUUUUGAAUGUUCAAUAGUCCUCAAAUAACAUUAUUGUCCAGUCUCGUCUAGUUAACAAAACGUGGCAUAAAUUUUGUCAUAAUUUCGUCAUCAGAUAUUUUUUUUUAGCUUGUCAACAUCUCGUCUUAGUCACAUAAAAAAUGUUCGUUAACGGAUAUUUUUAGUCGUCGUCUUCGUUAACGAAAUUAACACUGGUUAAAACUGCAGCUACAGUUAUAAAAAUACUGCCAAAAAUACAAUUUAAGGCAUUUUUACUAACAGCUAUUAUAAAUAUAUUGCAGAUACAUAAGACCAUUCUUAUGGGGUCAAAAAUUACCAUUAAGGAUUUGUUAAGAGAACCCUGAACUCAAGAAAUAUUGUGAUGUAUUGCAGAUACAUGAGUGCAUUCUUCAACUAAAAGACUAAAUGAAGCAGUCAACUUAUAUAUUUUUUUUCUGCUGACAAAGACAACCAAAACAACCUGACAAAGUGCAAGGCUCCCAGUUACUUUCAGCAAUAUACUGGACAAGAAUAAGGACCUGUUUUCAGUCCAAUUUUCAGAAAUUAUAUCUUACUAUACAUUUUACAUACAUCUUAAUGCAUUCUAUAUACAUUGAUAUAUUCAUGGAAAUUUACACAUUUUUUAUAUAUUCUUUAUAUUUGAAUUACUUUUAUUGUUAAGAAGGAAGUUUCCAUAUUGAUUUUACAAAGGGGUUUACAUGUAUUUUUAAUUUUGGUUUGCAUUGAGCUGUGUUUAGGGUUGAAGGAAAUAACUGUAAAGUUUUUCUACAGAUUAUAUAUAUAUAUUUUCCUUAUAUUUUAAAUUUGUCAGUUGAUAAUUAUUGUUAUUGCUAUGUAACCAUAUUUCUUCAUUUAUGGUCUUCAAGGCCACAAGUCACUGUUAAGAAGUAGUAAAUUUCCUUUGCCUUGCUUAUGAUUAUCACACUUUUUUAAUAUAUUUCUGUUAAGACAAAUGUUAAUAAACUUAGAUUUGAUCACUUGC